UGUCAACAAUGUCAAUGUCAAAUAAAGUUGCCACCACACAUUGCACUUACUGAAGCUUACAGUAAAACUACUUUGGUUUUUAGUUGAAAGAAAAAGAAUUUUACGAUGUCGACUGAAACAGAGAAGAAAAUAUUCACAGCUAUAGAAUCAGGCGAUGACGCUUUACUGCGGGCAGCCCUUGAUGACCACCCAAAUGUGAACAUCAUCGAUGAAAAUUUGAUGACACCCUUGCAACAUGCUGCUUACAAGGGAAACAAAGACAUGGUCCAAAUACUUCUGGAUUACGGAGCAGAUCCAAACUUGUGCAAGCAUCAACACAACUACACAGCUCUCCAUUUUGCUGGUUUAUCAGGAAAUUUUGAAGUAUGUUUAGCAUUGUUAGUAGCCGGAGCGCGACCAGACGUGACAAACGCAGUCAAUAGAACCGCCUCUCAAAUGGCUGCUUUCGUAGGUCAUCACAAAUGCGUUGCCAUCAUCAAUAAUUAUGUACAAAAAUCAAACGUGGACUACUACACUGUGGCACAUGGGUUGCAUACCAAACCCUAUUUGCCACCUUAUCUGGCAGAAAGUUUUCAUAAAUUGAUAAUACAAGUCAAUAUGCAUCCUGUGAAGGUGGCCCUCAACAUGCAUAGCUUUAUAGGUAUUUUUGAACAUUUGUCUGAAGUUAAGACAGUACUGGAGCUAAUGUCUGAGAAGGAGAUGAAAAAUGAAGGAAGCAAUGAAGUGAUGGCAUUUAAGUUCUUUUAUUUAUCUUAUGUAGCAGGGGAACUGGUCAACAUACAAGCGAAACAAAAUGCUAAAAAACAAGAGGAUAAAAAGAAUGAAACUCUUCAAGUGUUUUGCAAAAAUAUUUUAAAACCAGGGAAGGAUGGAUCAUUGCAGUUUAUGGACGCCUUUUUAAGAGAAUGUGUGAAGAAGUUUCCAUUCAGAGAGUGCACGUUGUUGAGGCAAAUAGUUUCAACUUUGACAGGAAAAGAUCCUCCAACGGCAUUAAGUAUUGUUACUUUUGCUAUAAAUGGCCAGAGAGGUUUUGUUGAUGAUGCAGUAGAUUGUUAUACGUGUGGAGAGGAAAAACCAACCAAGAAAUGUUCAAAAUGUAAAGUUGCACAGUAUUGUGAUAAAAAUUGCCAAAAGUUGCAUUGGCACUGGCACAAGAAAGUUUGUGCUAGUUUAGUACAAGAUUCUAGUAGUUCUAAGGAUAAAAAGGAGGUUGCAGUGGAUUCUUCAGAAUUGUCAUCUGAAAUUCAAAAUUUGUUAAUUUCCAAUUAGAGAGGAACAAAGGUAUUUUAUAAUUGAUUUAUAAUUAUCACACGUUUGUUUAUCAAAAAAGAACAAUGUAUUGACAAUAGGUUAAAAUGAUAAAAGGUCUUAAUUUGUAGUGAAUUUAUCAGAAUGUGGCUUCUGAUCAGAUUGUGAAUGAUUGAAAUAAGAUUAAAUUUUGUGUUCUGGAUGUCGUCAUGAAUGAAAUAUUUCUUGUAAAAUAUGUAAACAGUUGAAUUCUUGAUGUACUGUAAUCUUAUAUCAAGUGACAAAGAAAAACAAAAUAAAUGCCAAGUAAAAAUGUAA